UGUUAGUUUAAUGUGUGUUUGUGGUUGUGUGUGCGCGUGUGUGUGUAACCACUUAAUGUGCUCCCUUUUCUCACAGAACAAAGACACCCAGUAUCAUUCCCAACAUUUUAAGCAGGAUUGGAGAGACCCCACUGGUCCGCAUGAACAAGAUUCCUAAAGCUUUUGGCCUCAAGUGUGAGCUUUUGGCUAAAUGUGAGUUCUUCAACGCCGGUGGCAGCGUGAAGGACAGAAUCAGUCUGCGAAUGGUAGAGGACGCGGAGAGAGACGACAUCCUGAAACCUGGAGACACCAUCAUUGAGCCCACGUCAGGAAACACAGGGAUCGGUCUUGCUUUGGCAGCAGCAGUCAAAGGUUAUCGCUGCAUCAUUGUCAUGCCUGAGAAGAUGAGCAUGGAAAAGGUGGACGUGCUCCGCGCUCUUGGUGCCGAGAUUGUUCGUACCCCUACCUCAGCCCGGUUUGACUCUCCGGAGUCUCACGUGGGGGUGGCUUGGCGUUUGAAGAACGAGAUUCCUAACGCUCAUAUUCUGGACCAGUACCGCAAUCCCAGCAACCCCCUUGCCCACUAUGACACCACUGCAGAGGAGAUUCUGGAGCAGUGUGACGGUAAAAUAGACAUGCUGGUAGCCGGAGCUGGCACUGGUGGCACCAUCACUGGCAUCGCUCGCAAGCUGAAGGAGAAAUGCCCUAAUAUCAAGAUAGUUGGAGUGGAUCCUGAGGGCUCUAUCCUUGCUGAGCCAGAGGAGCUGAAUAAGACUGAUAAGACUCAAUAUGAAGUUGAGGGCAUCGGCUAUGACUUCAUCCCCACUGUUCUGGACAGAUCUGUGGUGGAUAGUUGGUACAAGUCCAAUGAUGAAGAGUCCUUUGCCAUGUCUCGUAUGCUCAUCAGAGAGGAGGGUCUUCUGUGCGGCGGUAGUUCAGGCACAGCCAUGGCUGCUGCAGUGCAUGUAGCCAAAGAGCUGAAGGAAGGCCAGCGCUGUGUGGUGAUUCUCCCUGACUCCAUCCGCAACUACAUGUCUAAAUUUCUUAGUGACAAGUGGAUGUGUGAAAAGGGCUUCCUAAAUGAGGAGGAUCUUGUUGUCAACAAGCCAUGGUGGUGGAAUCUGACUCUACAGGAGCUCAGGCUCUCUGCCCCACUGACUGUGCUGCCUUUAGUGUCCAUUAAGAAGACCAUUCAGAUCCUGAAAGAGAAGGCUUUUGACCAAGCCCCAGUGGUGGACGAGGCCGGGCAGAUUCUGGGCAUGGUCACGUUGGGGAACAUGCUCUCAUCCGUUCUGGCUGGGAAGGUCAGGCCAUCCGAUCCCAUAAACAAAGUUCUUUACAAACAGUUUAAACAGGUGCGCCUAACUGAUAACCUGGGCAAACUCUCACGUAUCCUUGAGACGGACCAUUUCGCCCUUGUUGUGCAUGAACAGAUUCAGUACAUGAGCGAAGGAUCCCCAAAGAUGAGGCAGAUGGUGUUUGGGGUGGUGACAGCCAUUGACCUGCUGAACUACGUGGCCACUCGUGAGAGGAGGGAACGCUCGCUGUCCGAGUGCUCGCUGUCAGAAGAUCAGUGAACAACCAAGAGUGUGAAAUCACCAUGCUGGAGUGUCCUUUUCUUUUUUUUUUUCACAGUUUUUAAGUUUAUUUCUCUGCAAGUGGUAUGCUCCAUGUU